UGUGCUGCACCAGUCACAUUUCGUGCGCCAGCUAAAGUAAGUGAGGUUUGAAUAACUGUGCUCGACCUAUUGUUUGUUCUAAGAUGCCGAGUAUGCCUAAUAUUACGUGGAUUGGAUGGAGUCCAUUCAUCGGGUCAUUACUAGCCAGUUUGCUGGUCGUCUAUUACUGGAUUUGGAGUCGUUCGCGCUUCGUUCGGCUCAUAAAUGCUGUGCCUGGGCCUGAUUGUCUCCCGAUUCUUGGAAAUGUUCUUGCCUUGAACGUUCCAAACGACGAGAUUAUGGACAUUGUUAGUGGCCACUGGUUGAAGAAGUAUGGAAGCAUAUACCGGAUAUGGUUCACCCUACGCCCUGUGAUACUCCUUACCGCACCCGAGUUAUUAGAACCCAUUUUGGGAACAUACAAAUUCAUUAUGAAACCGGGCGAGUAUGAUAUCUUCACUCCUUUUUUUGGAAAAGGAUUGCCUGUGGCAAAUGAGCGUUGGAAGAAAAAUCGUCGACUCCUCAAUCCAGCAUUUCACUUUCAGAUUCUCAACACAUUCAUGGGAGCCAUUAACGACAAAAGUAAAGAGUGUGUAAAAGAAUUUGAAGAUGCUCUUGAGACCAACAAAGGUGGGGAGAUUGACGUCUUCCCUAUAAUGUCACGAUGCACUCUCGAUAUUAUAUGUGCUACAUUUAUGGGAAGAAAAACAUUGAAAAACGAAGAAAAGUCACUUUUUCUUGACAACCUUGCCGAAUUUGAAAGAAUUUUCCAACAACGCAUUAACAAACCCUGGCUUAGAAUGAAUUGGUUUUUCAAAUUAACCUCACCGGGUCGCGAAAAUGCGCGUUGCGUUAAAGGACUUCACGAGUUCAGCAAUACGAUUAUCAACGAUCGUCGUGAAUUAUUGAAACGAGACGAGGAGUUAUUAGCAGAUAAAUCAACACGUGAUAUCGAAAAGGUAAAUAACAACAAUUCAAUAGAAGCUGAAGAUGUUGAAAUGCAGGGAAACGAUGACGAACCAAAAAAGAAAUUGCCCUUCCUGGAUAUGCUCAUUAAAGACUUGGGGAAAGAUCAUUUUAGUGACAGUGACAUAAAAGACGAAGUCAAUGCAUUCUUAGGCGCGAGUCAAACAACAGCAUUGGCUUUUACCUGGUUCCUCUAUAUGAUUGCAAAGAAUCGUGAUCACCAACAACUGUUACAAGAAGAGGUGGAUGCCAUUUUUGGGGAUUCUGAUCGGCCGUGUACCGCUCAGGACAUGACUGAGCUAAAAUACCUGGAAUGCUGCAUCAAGGAAACUUUGAGGAUCUACCCUAGUCUUCCUAUUGUAUUGCGCUGCCUUACAGAGGAUUGCAACAUAGGUGGCUACGUCUUACCAAAAGGAGUCACGGUUGCAGUAAUGAUUCAUAGCUUACAUUACAAUCCUGAGAUUUAUCCCGACCCGGAAGCUUUCAAACCGGAACGCUUUCUUCCGGAGAACAGCGUUGGCCGUCAUCCGUACGCUUUUAUUCCAUUCAGCGCCGGUCCCCGAAAUUGCAUCGGUCUCAAGUUCGCCAUGCUUGAAAUUAAAAUUGUUUUAGCAGAUUUAUUACGCCGGUUUCAGUUUUCUGUCCGACAUCCUCUGUGCCGAUCAAGGCCGCCCUUGAACUUCUGUUAACACCGAAAGACGGUGUUCAUCUUCUUGUAUCUAAAAGGAUAAAGGUCGUCGGAUGAGAAAAUGCAUUUUUUUGCAAGAUGUUUCUAUAUAGUUAUCAUUUUGCUUCGAUUCGAAGUUUUCACCUAAAUGGGGAAAUUAUUUCUAUUAUAUCCAUAAAACAUUACGUGG